CCAGCAACCAUUUUACUUUCACAGCCAAAAAAAUAGAAAGAGCGAAAGACACAGAGAGAGAGAGAGAGAAUCAGAUGGAGUCGGAAAGCGGGGCGUCACUGCCGUCAGGACCAGACGCGAAGAAGCGGCGAGUGACAUACUUCUACGAGCCCACCGUCGGCGACUACUACUACGGCCAAGGCCACCCGAUGAAACCCCACCGCAUCCGCAUGGCCCACAACCUAAUCGUCCACUACGGACUCCAUCGUCGGAUGGAGAUCAACCGCCCCUUCCCCGCAGGCCCCAACGACAUCCGCCGCUUCCACUCCGAUGACUACGUCGACUUCCUCGCCUCCGUCAGCCCCGAGACCCUCGCCGAGUCCUCCUACUCCCGCCACCUCAAGCGCUUCAACGUCGGCGAGGAUUGCCCCGUCUUCGACGGCCUCUUCGGCUUCUGCCAGGCCUCCGCCGGCGGCUCCAUCGGCGCCGCCGUCAAGCUCAACCGCCAGGACGCCGAUAUCGCCCUCAACUGGGCCGGCGGCCUCCACCACGCCAAGAAGUCCGAGGCCUCCGGCUUCUGUUAUGUCAAUGAUAUCGUCCUCGGCAUUCUUGAGCUGCUCAAGGUUCACAAGCGUGUGCUUUAUGUAGAUAUUGAUGUGCACCAUGGAGAUGGAGUUGAGGAGGCAUUUUACACCACUGACAGGGUCAUGACUGUGUCGUUCCAUAAAUUUGGGGAUUUCUUUCCUGGGACUGGGCACAUUAAGGAUGUUGGGGCAGGGACUGGGAAGAAUUAUGCGCUGAAUGUCCCACUGAACGAUGGAAUGGAUGACGAGAGUUUUCGUGGCCUGUUUCGGCCCAUCCUCCAAAAAGUCAUGGAGAUGUAUCAGCCUGAUGCAGUUGUUCUACAGUGUGGUGCAGAUUCAUUGUCUGGUGAUAGGUUGGGGUGCUUCAACUUGUCUGUCAAAGGCCAUGCAGAUUGUCUUCGUUUCCUUAGAUCUUUUAAUGUUCCUCUGAUGGUAUUGGGUGGUGGAGGUUAUACGAUCCGGAAUGUUGCUCGUUGCUGGUGUUACGAGACAGCAGUGGCAGUUGGGGUGGAACCUGAUAAUAAGUUGCCUUACAAUGAAUACUAUGAGUAUUUUGGUCCAGAUUAUACUCUUCAUAUUCCGCCAUCCAACAUGGAGAACCUAAACUCACCUAAAGAGAUGGAGGCAAUAAGGAAUACGCUACUAGAUCAACUUUCUAGAAUACCUCAUACACCCAGCGUUCCUUUCCAGACAACACCACCAACAACACAAGUUCCAGAGGAGGCGGAAGAGAACAUGGAAGAAAGACCAAAGCCUCGCAUUUGGGAUGGUGCGGAUUAUGAUUCUGAUCCUGAAGAAGACAAGCAUUGGACUAAAUUCUCCAACCCUGUUGGUCAGCAUGCAGUUAAAACUGAGAUGCGGGAUGAUGCAGAUGGGAUGGAAGACGAGAAACCAAAUCAUCCUCCGUGCUGCUGACACAGAUGGAAUUUUGUAGCUUCUGGUUGUAAUUUCCCUGUAUCACCUGUCUAUGAGAUGUUUACUGAAGCAGAGAGAGAGAGAGCUUUGUUCAAGCCGCAUAAUUUCUAGAAAAGGCAUCCUAUUAAUUAGCGUGGAAUUAGAAUAGGCUACUAGCCACCAUCCUAAUUGUCAAGUCGGUGAUGCCCUUGCUAAUCGGAUUUGUUUUAGAAUCACCCUUUGUAAAACCGAACUUACAUUGAUAGCAGGCGAAUGUCAAUACACUGUGCAUAAAAGCUUCUAAGAUAGUUCUAAAGGAUCACUGUGUUUCUAGUUUAUUGUUUAUGUAGACUCUCAGAAUGCAGAAUGUACCAAUUAUAUGUUAUUUUGUUCA